AUGCUCUCGCAUCCGCUGUCCUAUGCAGCCGUGCGCACAGAUCUCGAGCUGCAGAUCUCUGGGGAGGCUGUGUCCCGCCAUGCGCCUGGCGAAAUCGUCGCAGUGAACUCGGUUGCCGGCGGUGCCGACUGCAUCCACGCACGGAUCCGAUACUGCCCAGCAUCCGAUCUCGACGGCCUCGCCGUCUGGGCGAUCGAGAAGCGGACCUAUCACCCUACCGACGCUCUGCGCACCGCCUGUGCCUCGGUAUUCGGCUCUGGAGAUGGCACUGGCUUGGCCAUACGCAAGGCCGCCGCUAUUCUGGCCAGCAAUUUGAUUCUCAACAUCGAUCAACGCCGCUAUCCCGCCCAAGCCAUCGAUCGUCUUGUCGCUCAGUCCGAGACCAUCAAGACAUUGCUGCUUGGCAAAGCCCUGUUGCUGGACGAUACGAUCGUGGUGCAUCUGUUCUCGGAGGAGUUUGUGCUGACGGUCGGGAGGAGCGACGACCCUCUCCGAGCGGGCACUUGGCCCCGGUCCGUUGGACCGUCCUCGGCGCUGCACAUCAAGACAGUAGACGCUCCAACCGACUCGCCGAGUACGCUCCUGAAUCACAUCCAAUCGUCGCUCUCAUGGACUCCCGACGGCUGGAAGCAGAAGAGCUGGAGUGGCAUCGUCGUCGGCAAUAUGACUUGGGGCGAGAGGCAGCAGCUGCACCGCCGGCUUUCAGCAUACGAUUUGGAUCCCCUGCUGCUUGAGAUUUCGCAGGUCCGCGGCAAGAGAAUCGUUGUCCUGGAGGAGUUUGAUCAAGUUGCUGGUCGCCUGAGGAAGCAAGAUGCUGGCGGAGAUCGCGAGAAGGUUCUGGAGUAUAUCCUUUCAUUCUUUAGCCCAACAACCACCGAAACAUGCGGGGUAUUUCUGGCCAUGACGGACCGGCCAAUGGACCUUGAUACCGUCGUAACCCGCAGCGGGCGCUUCGAUGUGCAAAUCGACUUUGGAAGUGCAAGAGAGAAGAACACGAUUUACCGCCAUCAUCAUCUCAAACACGCUGGAGAAGCCAAGGGCUUCCAAGGGCUGUAUGGAAUAGACUCGAUCUUGGAAACGCUCAGGAAAAGCGUCGUUCUGCCGUUUGCACGUCCCGAAAUCGGGCUGCCAAAGCCCCGCGGUGUCCUGAUAUGCGGUCCAUCAGGUGUGGGUAAAACGACGCUUGCCAUGGCUCUGGCAACUGAGCUUGGCUUCAGCACAAUCUACGUCGAGGGCCCCCAAGUACGAAGCAAGAAUGUUGGCCAGUCCGAGAAGAGCAUUGCUGAUCUGUUUUCCAAAGCUCACAGCGACCAACCCUGCGCCAUCAUCAUCGACCAGGCCGAUGUGCUGUUGCAGGCUCGAGGCAGCUCAUCCUCGUCUGAAGGCACCGACGACCGAAUCAUCACUUGCUUUCUGACAGAGCUCGACGGCGUCCGGGUUCGCCGGAGUGCUGUUCCAACGACAGCACAGAAUGUGCUGGUGAUUGCAGAAAAGAUGGAUUCUGCCAUCCUGCGAAGAGGGCGACUCGAUGAGCGCAUCAAUAUUCCUCUGCCAUCGCCCGAGAGCCGGGCCGCCAUACUGCAGGGCAUCUUGGCCCGGACACCAAACGCGCUGUCCCAGACCGAUAUUGAGCGUCUGGCCAAAACAACAGAGGGACUGACAGGUGCGGGUCUCGUCCAGCUCUGCAACAAGGCCACAAUGGAUUGCAUCCGCGAAGGACUGGAAGGCGAUUUGGAGAAGCAGUCACCAGUCGAAUGGAGACAUUUUGCAGUGGCCACAUUCCAAUAG